AGUAGGAGGUGGGGGGGUGGGGGGUGUUAGCGUGGCGUUAUUAGUCGCCUGCGUAGUUUAUGGGGAUGGAAAUGGACCCGUUGCUCCACGCCUUGAGUUAUUUCAGGCGGAGGAAAUUCCAACUCUGUUCGGAUCUGUGUUCCCAGGUGCUGGAAAAGGAGCCUGGCGAUCAGGCUGCAUGGUGUUUAAAAAUGCGAGCAUUGACGGAAAUGGUUUAUGUGGAUGAAAUUGAAGUGGAUCAGGAAGGCAUAGCUGAAAUGAUGCUGGAUGAAAAUGCAAUUGCACAAGUUGCACGACCUGGUACUUCACUUAAAAUGCCUGGAACUGGUAAUGGUGCUGGGCCUAGCAAGGCUAUCAGGCCAGUGACACAAACAGGGCGACCCCUGACAGGUUUUGUACGACCCAGCACACAGGCUGGGAGACCAGGUAGCAUUGAACAAGCCUUAAAGACUCCAAGAACUGCUCACACUGCCCGUCCAAUGACUAGUGCUUCAGGGAGAUAUGUCAGGCUUGGAACAGCCUCCAUGCUCACUAAUCCUGAUGGUCCUUUCAUAAAUAUAUCUAAACUGAAUUUAAAUAAUUAUGCUCAAAAACCAAAGUUGGCAAAGGCUUUGUUUGAAUACAUUUUUCAUCAUGAGAGUGAUGUUAAGAAUGCUUUAGAUUUGGCAGCAUAUGCCACACAGUAUGCCCAAUUCAAGGACUGGUGGUGGAAAGUGCAAAUUGGGAAGUGUUAUUACAGAUUAGGAUUAUACCGUGAAGCAGAAACACAGUUUAAAUCCGCUCUCAGACAACAAUAUAUGGUAGAUACAGUACUGUACUUGGCAAAAGUAUAUUCCCGCUUGGAUCAGCCUUUGACAGCUUUAAAUGUUUUCAAACAAGGUUUAGAACGAUUUCCUGGAGAACUUUUCCUCCUUUGUGGCAUGGCCAGGAUUCAUGAGGAAAUGAACAACAUUUCUACGGCUGCAGAAUACUAUAAAGAUGUCUUAAAACAAGAUAAUACCCAUGUGGAAGCCAUUGCAUGCAUUGCAAGUAAUCAUUUUUACUCUGACCAGCCAGAGAUAGCCCUACGUUUUUAUAGGCGACUCCUGCAGAUGGGCAUUUAUAAUAGCCAACUCUUUAACAAUCUAGGCCUUUGCUGUUUCUAUGCCCAGCAAUAUGACAUGAUUCUCAGUUCAUUUGAACGUGCACUAUCUCUAGCAGAAAAUGAGGAAGAAGCUGCAGAUGUGUGGUACAACUUGGGACAUGUAGCUGUGGGAAUAGGUGAUAGAAAUUUGGCUCAUCAAUGUUUCAAAUUGACUUUGGCUAACAACAACGACCAUGCAGAAGCCUAUAAUAACUUGGCUGUGUUGGAAAUGCAAAAAGGUCACAUUGAGCAGGCAAGAGUAUUUCUGCAGACAGCUUCAUCAAUAGCACCUCAUAUGUAUGAGCCACAUUUCAAUUUUGCUGUCUUAUCUGAAAAGGUUGGAGAUAUUCAGAGAAGCUAUAUAGAAGCUCAGAAGUCCAAAGAAAUUUUUCCAGAGCAUGUCGACUCUCAGCAACUUAUUAAUCAGUUAAAACAGCAUUUUGCCAGACUUUGAUGUACCUCCCACCAAAGAAAAUAAUCAUUUUUCUUCAAAAUUGCAGACUUACACAAAAUUACAAAGAAUUCUCAGAAUAUUUUUACAUUUAUAUAUUGAGAAUUUUAGUUAAACUGGGUGCAAGUUGAAGAUUGUUAUUCUCUUGGAUAGUUAAAAGCUGCUUUAGUAGAAUAUUAUCUUUUUAAAAAAGAAUCCCUGAAUAGUAGCAGCAUUCAUUUUAAGUAUGUUAAGUGAAGCAAGGCAAAUUUUAGUUUACCUCAUAAUGAGUAAUGGAAAUAUUUCCAAAUAAAGGAAACAGCUUAAAAAUAUAUCCUUGUUGUUUCAUUCCUUUUUCAAGGAAGCUUGAAUUUACUGCUUAAUUGUAGUGUUUUAUCUUGUUACAGUAAGCACAAAUGAAAAAUUGUUUAAUUUUUUGUUGCACCAGAGCAGGUUUAGACUAUCACUUUUAUUUAGGAAAAUUAUGUGAAAAGCACAAAUGUUAAAAGCACCCAUAAAAGAUUAUUCAAGUUUGUAAAUGUGUUGAUGAACUAAGAAUGUACAUGUAUCCCUGUAUUGUUAAUACUCAAAAUCUGGUGUGUGCUGUCUCCAUGGGUCAGUUCAUGACACACUUUGCUCAUGAUUUUGGGAUUUAUGAAGGCUAUAUACUAAAAGGAAUGAUUGGUAUUUGCAAACCAGAGCUUAUUUCUUUCACUGUCUAAGUGGGCAUUAAUGAGGCAGCAGAAACAGAAAGGGAGCUACAGUUGGAUCUGUAGCUUCAAAGCAAUGAAAUUUAAGAGUGUGUACAAAUCUGAAUAUCUGACCCCAAUGGGAUAUUGCCUUGAGAAAAAAGCAGUGGCUAUGAAAUAUUUGCCCUCCUUAAUUUUCCUUCAUUUCUGAAUUCAAAGUGAAUUCUGGACAUUUGCAGUGAGGGUUUUGAGAAGGUGUAGAUCUGCAGUAAAAACUUCCAUCUCAUACCAUGGAUAUUUUUGACAACUGAUGCAUAUUCUGGUAUUUUUCCUACUGUUACUUUCAGUGAAGGAUCAUUUGUUUUAACUUUCAAGGGCAUUUGAUCCUUAAUAUGUAGAUAAAAUGCUUGGUUUAACUUUAUUUUACAUUACUUCCUCAUGUCUUUUUAUUGUUACAAGUAAUAAAUGCCAUUUAUCUUUGCAUCAUAUGUACAUCCAUAAAAUGUUAUUCGUUUGUUAACAUUAAAUAGCCUCUUUUUCCCAUAUAACCAUUCCUACUACUUAUAGAAAUUUCCAGCAUAUUUGCCUGAAGUUAAAAAAAAACUGUUAUUUUUCUAUUUAAAAAU